AUGCGAUGCUCUCAUGCUCUUCUCAAUGUAGAUGGAAUGACCUGCCUCAAGGUUGAAAACCUGGCCUACCACACUUCAUCUUAUACCCUGAAGCACAUAUUUGAGGAUUAUGGGCCUGUUGGUGAUGUAUUCAUCCCCCGAAAUCAUUUAACUGGAGAGAACUAUGGCUUUGCCUUCAUCCAUUUCUACAACAACUGUGAUGCCAAGGAUGCCGUGCAUGGCCUACAUGAGAUUUUACUGGAUGGCAAUAAACUGAAGGUACAAAUGGUACACAAUGAUGAUCUACAUUAUGCUCAACCUGACUGUGGCCAUGGAAGACAAUACCAUUAUGAGGAAGAAAACCAUGAAUUACAGAGACAAUAUAAAAGACAACAUUGUUCCAAUACCAGGAUCCAAACCAGAUCUCAGAGCAGAUUGUCUCCAGACAACUCAGAAUCCAAAUCUCAAUCUCGUAAUCACUCCCACAGAAAAUCGGCAUCAACCAAACGAUCCACGAUCCAGUCUUCAGUGUCUACUCAAAAGCUGCCAAACAGGGCCUGUCCAAAGUCUAGAAACUGCCCAGGAGAAAAGAAGAAACCCAAGUCUAAGUCUUCAUGUAAGAGUGUCUUCAAGUAUCCUUCAGGAGGAGGAUGUCUUGUGAUAGAAAAUAUGGAUACCAAGCAAAAGCAAGUGGAAAAUGUACAGUCCAAGUCUGUGUUUAAAAAGUCAUGUCGAUCAAAAGGAAAUGCUGCUCACACAUUGAUGGCAAGUCCAUCUACCAGAAGUCAGAAAAGAAAAAGAUGCAGAAGCCCACAAAAUUUAAGAGAAAGCCCAAGGUUGGAAAGAAAACAUGUAGAAAGUAACCAAAGGCAAAUGGAAUAUCCACAAUCUGAGUCAAUAAUAAAAAAAUGUUUAUGAAAAGAAAUUGAACUUGAAAUGUUGACAGUAUAUGAUAGAUCUCAGAGAACAAGAAGGAGUAGCCAAGGACUUCCAUGAUCCAACAAUUCGAAUAGAUGUGGAGCAAACACUGCACAUGUUCUGAAGAGUGGUGAUUCUGAAAGAAGCCAGCUUAACUCCCUUCAGCAAUCUGAGAAGGGAAUGAAAAUGGGGAUAAGGGAAUGUGGGUUUUGGACAGCAAAAAGUCAGAGUAACCCAAGCAAUAAUGAUAUCACUGGAGAAGUGAGGUUUACCUUUAAUAAAGGGAACUCAAAUCCUCAAAAUGACCUUUCAGGGGUUAGCUGUCAUGACAAUAAUAGGAAAAUCCAGAAACAAGUGGACUAUCAACAACCUGAGUCAACAUGUGUAAGUCCAUUUACAAAAGAAGGAAAUAUAACUGAAGUUUUAGUGGAAGAUACAUUUAGUAAAGAUAGAAGCACCAGAAGUAAAAGUCCAGAUAUGCUGAUACUUAAAGAAACAAUUGAAAGUAGUCUACUUCCAGAAACUAAGGAUAUGGCACUAGUGGAAACUCAUCAUUGUUUAUCACCUGAAACUUUUAAAGAUCUUAGGAAAGAUGAGGCUUACUUCUGUUCUAAUAGUCACACAUUUCUGCCAUUGAGAGAUGACUUAAACAUAUCUGAGUUGCAAAAACUAUAUUUUUUUGCAUCUUUUCCAACAAGAGAACACAUAUUGACAGAGAGCACUGCUCAUAGAAGUCAAUCUACAUCUGUAACACCAACUAACUUUACCACUGUGGAAAUUGAUCAAAAAGACACAAACCUCUCUUCUUGUUAUAACCAGACAGGUAUACAAAAUUCUGAAAAAAAUUCUGAUGAAACUUUAAAAACUAAUUUAGACUUUACAAUAGUUACAACUCCUUAUGGAACAGCAGGCAACAUUAUGACAGGAGAUUUUGAAGUAAAUGAUAAUUUUACUGAGAUUGACUUAGAGUCUUGUGACUCAUUGGCGAGUCAAAAUAAUAGAAAAGUUCAAUCUGGUCACAGUAAUAUUUCUAGUUCUGUUUCCAUCACUAAUUCAAAUUCUACCAGUAAUUCUAAUAUAAAUUACUCACUGCUUUCUUUGUUAAAUUACAAUCAACAGUUUUUACCUGUUCCUAAUAUUAUUGCCAAUAAUACUAUUGGCAAUGAUAUAAAUUCACCACAUACCUCACAAAUUAACAAAGAAUGUGAUGAAUUCUUUUUAUUUCAUUACCCACCUUUAGAGGACAGACAGCAAAUGCAUGUUAUAAGCCCAGAAAUAUCUAAUGAUAGUGAUUCUUGGCCACUUUUGCCUGAUUUUUCAAACUUCAAUGAUAUUCAUAAUAACCACCCUAAAGGACUUACCAAAGAACAGAUAAAUACUUUACCAGUAAAAACGUUUUGUGAAAAUGAUAAAUUAAACCACUGCAGUAUUUGUAUCACACCAUAUAUACAAAAUAGCAAGAUUCGUGUACUACCUUGCUUUCAUGAAUAUCAUGAUAAAUGCAUUGACCGCUGGCUGUCUGAAAACUCUACCUGUCCUAUUUGUCGAAAACAUAUAAUUAAUCCUGAUGACAUAGAAUUUCUAUUUUGA